CACCUUCACAACCUCUUACGCUGCGCUCGCACAUGGCCACGCGGGCAGUCAAUGACGUAAGGUAUUUCCCGGGUCUUCUUCAGCAGAUACUCUCCAGUUCCUACUAACUAACUACAAUGGCAGAAACUACUGGUAAACCAAUCAAGUGCAGGGCAGCUGUUGCCUGGGAGGCGGGCAAGCCAUUGAGUAUUGAGGAGGUGGAAGUGGGCGUGCCCAAGGAUGGAGAAGUCCGAGUCAAGAUUUUGGCGACGGGCGUCUGCCACACCGAUGCCUACACCCUGAGCGGCAUUGACCCCGAGGGCAAGUUCCCCUGCAUCUUGGGUCACGAGGGAGGGGGGAUCGUCGAGAGCGUGGGCCCCGGGGUGACGUCCUUGGCCGUCGGGGACCACGUGGUACCCAUGUACGUCCCCCAGUGUCGGGAGUGCAAGUUCUGCAAGAGCCCCAAGACCAAUCUUUGUCAGAAAAUCAGGUUGACCCAGGGUAAGGGUGUGAUGCCUGAUGGGACCAGCCGCUUCACCUGCAAGGGCAAAGAAGUGGCCCACUUUAUGGGCACUUCCACCUUCAGCGAGUACACCGUGCUGCCUGAGAUAUCUGUGGCCAAGGUUAAUGAGAAGGCCCCAUUGGAUAAAGUGUGCCUGCUUGGAUGUGGUAUCAGCACAGGAUAUGGUGCUGCACUGAACACUGCUAAGGUGGAGCCUGGGUCUACCUGUGCGGUCUGGGGGCUAGGCUGCGUUGGCCUGGCUGUUAUCAUGGGAUGCAAGGCUGCCGGGGCCACUAAGAUCAUUGGAAUUGACAUCAAUCCUGACAAGGACGCUUUGGCCAAGCAGUUCGGAGCCACGGAUUUUGUCAAUCCUAAGAACUUUGACAAGCCCAUGCCCCAAGUACUCAGUGAGAUGACCGAUGGUGGACUGGAUUAUACAUUUGAGUGCAUUGGGAAUGUCAAGACUAUGCGUGAGGCCCUUGAAUCCUGCCACAAGGGUUGGGGAGAAUCCAUCAUCAUCGGUGUUGCUGGGGCAGGGCAGGAGAUAUCCACCCGUCCCUUUCAGCUGGUCACGGGCCGGGUCUGGAAGGGGACUGCCUUUGGAGGGUACAAGAGUCGCGACGGUGUUCCUCAGCUGGUAGAGGACUACCUUUCUGGCAAGGUCAAAGUCGAUGAGUUCAUCACCCACCACGUCAACUUCGACAAAAUCAACGAGGCAUUCGACCUGCUCCACGCUGGCAAAAGCAUCCGUGCCAUCGUUCAUUUCAACUAAGAGCUCCAUGGAAGCUUCGGUUUCUCCAGACGAAUGGAGAUGCAGCACAGGUAUUCCAUUUUAGAAAUGGAUAAUAAAUGUAUCUGUUUAUUUUUAGUUUUGAAAAGUUGAACAAAGGAAUUGACUGGAGCGGGGCAUGAACCUGCGACCUCAGGAUAACCGUUCCAGUGCUCUUACCAACCGAGCUAUCAAGCCCUAUGUUGGCGGUUCGCCAAUUAAUCAAUAUCUUUGUUCAAGGGGUGCUAGAUAAAUAUAUUUUUUGUUUUGUUAGUCUCCUUUCUUGAAGAAAUCUUUUUAGAAGGGUGCUUUGAAAAAUGAUAAAGGUAGUUUGAAAAUAAGUAAAUAUUUAAACAAAACUGAGAAAACAGAAUCAGUAUAACACGUUUUCGUUACCAAAUGAUUCAGAUAAUUUUAUUGAUAGUGAAAAUACAUGCCAGUUUUUUUCUUAUAUACUUAACGUUUUGGGAUUCUAUAUCAAAGAUUGGAUUCAAGUGCAGUGAUUUUGUACUUCAUAUUCUUAAGUCAUUUAAUGGCGUACUCUUUUCCUUUAAGUUAAGUUUUGUGAUUAUCAUGGAGAGAAAAAUUGUUUUAUUGAAAAGAUCAGAUAAAUUACCUAGUAGUUUCGUGACGUUUGUUGGUAAGUUGAUGGUCUUCAGUUGGACGUUCAUUCAACAUGCCAAGCCUAUCAUAAAGUUGCUGCAAGCAAGCCUUUUGAGGCUAUUGGACAGGCAAUUGGACAGGCUUGUGAACGCAGACUUUUUGUUUAAAAAUGUGACAGAUUAAUGUGCAGUGGUAGGACUUAAAUUGUUCACAAUAAACAAGCACAAAAAAGUUGAA